CUGCUUUGGUCAAUCUCCACCCUCAUACACCUUGUCCUGUUGCCGCCAUUAUGCAAAUUGAAGAAAAUCACCGGCUAGCAAACACAUAAGGAAAAUUUUGAAAUGAUUAAAAUAUAAUUAAUGGUGUAUCACAGUGUUGAAGACUAGUGUACUAACAACUUACAAAUAUGCCGAACAAAAUGAUAGUAGCAAUGAGGUUGCGUCCUCUAGUAAACAACGCAGUUCUUAAAGAACAUAAACCAUCAAUAUAUAUUUAUAAUGGUAAUGUAUUUACUGAAGUGGAACGUUGUAAAUAUGCAGAGAAGGUGCUUUAUGAUCAUCUGUUUAUUGAUACUGAUGAUAAUAAAAAAGUGUAUGAAACUGUUAAGCCAAUGGUGGAAUCCUUUAUACAUGGCACAAAUGGCACAGUAUUUGUUUAUGGUCAACAGAAUUCUGGAAAGAAUCAUACACUUUACGGAACUUGCCUUGAUGUAGGAAUAGUUUACUUGAUGUUAAAUGAAGUUACGUCUCACAUUUCAUUGAAUGAAGAUAUAGAAUAUACAUUGAAAGUUGCAUUUGUGGAGGUCGCAGAAGAUGAUAAACUUUUGGACUUACAAGAUGUUGUAUCUAAAGCAUGUGCAAAAAAAGGCCUACAAUUUACGAAUGAUUUAAAGGAUUUAUUGGAGAGAGGUAGAUUUAUGUAUAAAUCUCACAACCAUGUUAUACUUUCGUUCAAUCUCCAAUACAAUAUACCUAAUGAGAACAAAUCAUUUGAUUCUCAAUUUAAUUUUGUCAUAUUGGCUGACCCAACAGGCAAAGAUACGGACAAGGAUCAUAACCACUUUACGUUAUCAUUACUAUUUACUUAUCUGCACGCACUUAGUAUUAAUGACACUCAAAUUGAUGUGGACAAGAUGUUGCUAAGUAGUGUACUUUCCAAAGCAGUGGGCGAUUUUGGAAAAUCAUUAUUUAUUGGAACAUUAUCACCAACAGAUGCCAAAAAUUCACUUUAUACAAUCAAGAAAAUCAAAUUAAUUAAGGACCCAGAAUUCAAAAAUGUGAGAGUUUCUGACUACAGUAAUCAGUUGUCAGGUAUUUUGUUAAAAAAGUUUAAAGUAAAUGAAGCAAGUCGCGAAUGUGAUUAUGACGACAUGGAAGAUGAAGAUUCUGAUUAUGAUGAAAAAGACUUUGUAACAAGACUUGAUGUGAGUCAAAGAGUGUAUAUCACUGAAAUUCCUCCUCAAUACUACAGACAAUUGAAUUCAAUUGGAUUGCUUAUUACAAAUGAUCAAACUCAUGAAAUAUCCAGCUUUUUUAUUUCUCACAAAAACGAUAAGAUUGGUACAUCCCUUGUGGCUUAUUUACCUGAUAAUUUACUACCAACUAAAAUUAACAAUGAUGCUGCUCUAUAUGACAAUGAACAAUUCAUCAAGAUUUGUAAAGAAGAGCAUAUACUACAAGUGUAUCUGAAUAAACUAAGGGGCAUAUAUCCUCUUGAUCCCGAAAAUCAAAUGGACUUUGAUUUACAAGAACUUCUGAGUGAUCAGAAUAAGGAUCCACCAACUGAACAGCAAAUUGAGAAUGAAUUUGAGUAUGUUGCCGGAGUAUCUGCUCCAAAUGAAGAUCCUGAAAUUUCUGGUAUAGAAUUUAAAUAUAUUGAUACACCUAGAACUGAUUAUGGUUCAGAAGCUGAAUGUUCAACUAGUCAAUAUGUUCAGUCAUAUGAACUAUAUGACAUUGACUUUUCGCCAAGUGAAGACGUAUACGUAAACAGUGAAUGUAAAGGGCAUAUUCUACAAAUUCAACAUUUAUUGAAGAAAAUCGAGGUACAUGAGGAGAAUUCAAGACAGUUACAGUCCGAAAACAUAAAGAUGAAGGAUCAAUUAGAGGAACAGAGGAAAAGAAAUAUGGAACUAUUCGACCACAUUAGACACAUUAAGAGCACGUUAUAUUCUAUCGUUAAUAAAGAAGUAUAUAAGGCGAAGUAUAUUUAUAAAUCCAACAUAAAGGUGUAUGAUAAGUUUUACAAGCAUGAACUUGAUACUCUAAGAAGAAUGUUUAUUCAAGCCCAACAAUUAGCAAAAGUAACAUUAAAAAAUUCUCAAGAGCCAAGUAAAUCUGUGAACACACAUGAAGAUAAAGGAGAAACGGCUAAUCAAGCGGGACAAGGCACGUCUACUGCAAAAGUUGUUAAAAGAGAAAAUGGCGACGAACGUGAAAAUAGACGAAUUGAAAUAUUAGAUAUAUAUUUUAAACAAAUAGAAACAAUAAAGAAAAAAAUAUCAUGUCAUAUAGAUAAUAUGGAGAAUCAUUUAAAAAUGGCCGUUUUAAUAGAUUGUAAAUUUUGUAAAGAAAACAAUGAGUGUUUCACUGCUGAGGAGGGAUAUUUGUAUAAACAGAACAAAAGCUUACAUCUGAUUCUGAAUAAGGCAAACAUCAUAUUGAACAGAAAUGUGAUUUACUUCAGAAAGAUACAAAAUAGAAAUAAGACAUUGGUAGCAGAUAACAAUAAAAUGAAAGUGAAUUUAAAUCUACUAAAUGAUAUAGGUAAAUGUCUAAAAGAUAAUCAUAAAUUUGAUUCAAAGUCUACACUAUAUCCAGUCCAUAAUAUGUUUUAUAAAAGACUGAUUGUUAAAACAAGUUUGGAUAACAUGGAGGAGAUAGAAAGUGAAAUACUGAAUGAUAUGUCUUCAAAGGGAAAUGAUGCCAUGGAAAGUGAUUUACUGGAAGAGGAGAGCAUAUCAAAGAAAUUAUCAGAUAUGCAUUUGCCACGUACACCAAUGGAUAGUAGUUUCAAUUCUAGAGUCCAUGGUCUAGUAAAUAGUGCUAUAGUAAUGGAGAAACUGUUGUCAGCCAUAAAUGUUCUUUACAACAAUAUGCACAGAUUCCUAAGUAAAAGAGAUGAUUGUGAUAUUUGUAGAAGAUUCGCAGAUAUGUUGCAUUACAAAAUUAUUCAAUUAGUUUCACUUAAGUCCCAAUACAGUUUUUGGUCAAAGAACAUUACAAUGGAGGAUACAUCAAUUGACUUAUAUUUAAAUAUCACCAGUGAGCUUCUAGAGAUGACAAACACUUUACGUGAAUCGCAGAGAUUGAAAUUGAUACAGUACAAAUUAAUGCAGAGAAAAGUUUAUUUUGAAAACUGCAUGACACAAUUGGUCAAUAAGCGUAGUUAUGUGGAUAAUGUGCUGACCCUACUGAUUGGUGCAUCUAGUGAAUUUCAGGAUAUAUUAAAAAUGGAAGGAGGAAACAUUGAAAAUUGCGAAUAUGGAAUGUUUAAUAUUCUCAUCAGCUUAUUAUUUUCUCAUGUUCGAGAGAGAAUAAUUGUAACACUCUUUUACUUGGAUAAUAUGGAAAGUUUAUUGCAACAUGAUAGAAUUAAAACAAGAAUUAAUGAACUUGAUAUUUCUAUUGCUAGAAAUGAGAAAUUUCUUAAGGACAUUUUUCCUGCCAAUAAGGAUCUACCAGACUUAAAAACCAUUGAAGUUGAGCAUGCAUAUCUUAUAGCAUUAUAUAAUGCUAAGUUAUUGAAAAUGUUGGCAUUGGAAAAUCGUCUUAAACUCACACCACAACAACAUGCUACACAAUUUCCUAAAGAAUUGGGACUAGGUCCUUUACAAAGUGGAAUGAAUCCUUCACCUUAUGUUACAGAACUUAGUGUGAAUACUUUUGAACCUCCUACAGAAAUACCAAUUUGUACUGAAAUACUUCGUGCAAAACAUUUGAUAAAUAGUUCAGAAGCAAUAGAGAGCAGUAGUUCAACAUUUCACCCACAACAUGUAUUGAAUAAUGUAACACCUGAUGAAUAUGCUUUGAGGAUGUUAGGAAGUAUUGAACAAAUAGCUGUAAUUGCUGCUCCGCUUCCUAUAGAACAUAAAUCUCCUCCUGAUACACAUGUAAGAAUGCCUGCACAAUGUAAUCCAAGAAAACGCCCGUUUGUAACAACGGAUACUGAUCAAGUCCAGCAUACACCUUAUCGAUAUCCAAUACCAUCUACAUCGCAGGCUAUCGUACCACCACCUCUACUGCAACCACCUGCAAAUUUUGGAAUGCCUUUUAGAGGACCUGGUCCUGCGCUACCACAUAAAGUUCAAUUUAAACCAAAGUAUCAGGUACAAAAUCAAGGUCAAUAUGCAAUUCGCUCAAACCCAAUAUUUAAUGAAUGUCGUGAAUAUCCUUCAUCAUCUUGUUCACCUACAUCAAAUAAAUUUGGUAAACAGUUGCCAGGUCCCAGUGAAACUAAGCCACCUACAUCUGCACCAACAUCUCCAAAAAAAUCUGAGGAAUCUGCAUCUGAGGAAGGAUCUUCAGAGGAUGAAAAUGAAGAGGUUGUAGAACAACCACAGACUGCUGGACGGACGUCAGCUGCAUUACAGUAUUCUUUACUAGUUGAAGGUCUAGCUCUGAACAAGCCAAAUAUGCCGUCUGGACAUUGUCAAGAACAACAACAACAUGCACAAUCACCAACAGAAUCCAUAUCACCACGUGAACUUGUUAUUGAUGAGGAUCCAGGAUCAUCAGAUUCCAAUGAUGAAUUGUAAGUGUCAUUGGCACAACAUAAAUGUUUCCAUUAAAAUUAACAGUCCAAGUCCAUAGCAUCUGCAUGUGAACCAUGCAACCAUAUUUUUAUUCCUAACAUAAUGUUAUAUGUAAAAAAUAUGUUUAAAAUCUAUAUUUUUAUCAUAUUGCAGAUUUUUAUCUUUUAAUGUUUUAUCGGUGUUAAGUAUGUCAAAUAUGUGUAUACGCUUAACCAUAGCAGUAUUAAAUAUUCUAGGAGAUAUUACAAUAUAUACGAAUUUUUGGAUU